AUGAGACUCCAUUCCCUUCUUUCUGUUCUCCUCUUCUUUGUGACUAUGAUACCAAAAGCAAGAACUGGCGUAAUUCCGGGACAAAAACAAUGUGUUUUUUUGAAAGGGAUAUGCAAAGAUGGAGGAUGUACCAGCACAGAUGACACCAUCGGUGUAUGUAGCGAAGAAAAAAAAUGUUGUAGAAAGUGGUGGGUAUUUCUGCCCUAUCCAACGCCGGCUCCCAAAGCAAAAUCUCCUUAGAUGGGAGCAAACCUAUAAGCCCUUCAAAGUUCAGAACACAUGGACAAAUGUUGCAGAUUCCUGUUUAACUUGUCUUUCUCCCUUGACUGGAAAUAAA